AUGAGAUUAGCGGAAUCUGAAGAAAAUUCUCAAUAUGAGUGGGAUGUUUUUAAGUCAUAUCCUAGAGCUGUUUACACAGCACAUCUCCAAGACAGUACAAAAUCAAACUAUUUUUUGCAAUGUUUUCGUUUAACUGUUUAUAUUAUAUCAUGUCUUUUAUUACUUGGAGGAUCAAUAUUUUCAAGAUUAGUUGUAUAUCUUCUUUCAACAAAUAUUUCUAAUAUGACAGAAAUUGAAAUAAAAGAUUUAGAAAAAUGUAAAGCUAAAGCAAAUGAUUUUGGUAUUGAGAUAGGGGAUUAUGCUGAAAAAAGAAAUGAUGUAAUAGCAGCAAUCAUUUUAUCUUUAUGGUUUAUUCAAACUCUCCCUGAUUUUGUUGAAGCAAUCAGAAGUUUUUCAAGUUAUUUUUUAACAAAACACGAAACAAUACCAAUUGUCAAGUCAUUUAUUCUUUUUGAAACAUUACGUUCAGCAGCUUCAUUGGUUAUUGUAAUGUUUUUAUUUCCAAAUCUUGAUUUAUUUCGUUGUAUUUUUCUUACAUCUUCAUUUGCUUUUGCACCAAUUUCAUUGAAAAUAUUUAGUUUAUUGAGAAAAGUUAUAGUUGAUAAUAUUGGUGUUGGUGAAAGGAUGUUAUGGCUUAUGGUAUGUGUACCAUUAUCCUAUAUAUGCUGUUCUUUUUUUACAACAUUUUAUAUAUGGGAUUUUGUUGGUUACAGAAUAUAUAAUGAUAUUUCACUUUUAUUAUGGAUACCUGUUCUUGGAUUUUGUUUUUGGGAGUCGUGGAUUUUUAAAAGUAAUGCUAACGGUGUUUUUGAUUCUUUGUUUAGAAUUAAAUAUGGUUUACAAAAAGUUAACUCGAAAACUAGACUCAUCACAGCAAUAUGUAGAAUUUUUGCUUCGUGUUUUGUUUUUGGUAAAGCUGUUGAAUAUCAUAAAAUUAAUGAUGUAUUGGUUUCUGGUUUUCUAUUACAAUUAGAAUUUUCUACACAAGCUAUGUCUAUAUUUUGGUUAAGUGGUGCAGUUGUCAUUGUAAAUGCUUUACUAAGACUUUCAAUACGUUUACUUUCUGCCAUGAAAAUGCAACUUACAACAUUAUGGCAUCCUUAUGUUUUAUUACCAAUAACAUCAUUUUGGGUUAUUUAUAUUGCUCAAUAUGAAGAGUCAAAAUGUUUCUUUGAUACUUUAUUAUCAGAUUAUGGUUUAGCUAUUAGAGGUGAUAGAUAUACAUCAUCAGAAAGUAAUUUAAUAGCUUUUGAUUUUUAUAUUGGAGUUCUUUGGUUUUAUUGUCAUAUUAUUUGGGCUUUUACUUUUAUUGAAAAAAAGAAAACUUCAAAGCGACAUGAAUAUAUAGAAGCUGUAGCACCAAAUUCAAAUGGACUUUUUAUUGAUCAAUCACUUCUUGUUUUUAGUCAUAGAAUUAAAAAGAAAGGAAAUGUUAACUAUUUAGAUGAUGGGCAUCUUAUUGAUGAUGCAUUGUUGGGAGAUUAUCAUAUUAAAGAUGGUGAAAGAAUUGAUGAUGUUAUUAACAAUACCUAUGAUAAUGUACCUACAAUUUAUGCAUGUGCUACAAUGUGGCAUGAAACAAAAAAUGAAAUGAAACAAUUGUUAGAUUCUAUUAUGAAAUUAGAUGAAGAAAGAAAGAGACUUGAAGAUGGAAGAUCAGGUGAAAAUUCAUUCUUUAAUUUAGAAGCUCACAUAUUUUUUGAUGAUGCUUGGAUAGAUAACAAAUUAUGUGGAAGAAUACCAAAUGAAUAUUUUGAUACAUUGUAUAAUCUUCUGAGAGAACUGUUAAAUUGGGAUGAACCUCAAAAAGACAAUGAAGAGGAUGAUGAUAAUGGUUCUAAUCAAAGAUCACAAGAAGUUGUUAGAAUUCUUAUAUCAACAGCUUAUGGAGGAAGAUUUGUAACAAAAUUCAAACAUGGAACUGUUUUAUAUGUUCAUUUGAAAGAUAAACAAAAAAUUAGGCAUAAAAAAAGGUGGUCUCAAGUUAUGUACAUGUAUUACCUUCUUGGACAUAGAAUAAUGGCAUCUGAUAUAUCUUCUCAAGAUAGAAAAAUGGUUGCUGAUAACACAUACAUUCUUGCAAUGGAUGGUGAUUCUAAAUUUAAACCUGAAGCUGUUUUAAGAUUACUAAAUUUAAUGAGAAUGAAGAAUGAUAUUGGUUGUGCUUGUGGUAGAAUACACCCUAUUGGUACUGGAAUAAUGGUAUGGUAUCAAAAAUUUGAAUAUGCUAUUGCUCAUUGGUUUCAAAAAGCUGCUGAACAUGUCUUUGGUUGUGUUCUUUGUGCUCCAGGUUGUUUUUCUUUGUUCCGUGCAUCUGCAUUAAUGGAUGAUAAUAUUAUGCAUAAAUAUACUCAAAUUUCUAAAGAAGCAAGACAAUAUGUUCAAUAUGAUCAAGGUGAAGAUCGUUGGUUAUCAACAUUGUUAUUGAAAAAAGGUUAUCGAAUAGAAUAUGUUGCGUCAUCGGAUGCCGAAACAUAUGCACCAGAAGGAUUUGAAGAAUUUUUUAAUCAACGUAGAAGAUGGACUCCAUCAUCAAUAGCUAAUACAGUAGAUUUACUAUUGGAUUAUAAAGUAGCUGUAGCAAAUAAUGCAGCUAUCUCAAAACUUUAUAUAUUAUAUCAGGCAAUUGUUAUUGGAUUUUCUAUGUUUGGUCCAGCAAUUAUAUUUACAAUGAUAGUUUUUGCUCAAACUGCUGCAUUUGGAGUUUCUUCUGACAAAACAAUUUGGUACAAUUCAAUUCCAAUUCUUGGUUUUGUAGCUUGUUGUUUUUUAUAUGAAUCUAGUGUUCAACUUAAAUUUGCUAAAGCAAUAAGUAUAAUUUAUGCAUUUGUUAUGUUAUCAGUAAUGAUAGCUACGACAUCACAGAUUGUCCUUGAAACAAUCUUUUCACCUACUUCUAUGUUUGUCGUAAAUAUGGUCGUUAUAUUUUUGUUUGCUGCUGUUAUACAUCCACAUGAAUUUACAAACAUUAUUUAUGGAUCUGUAUUUUUCUUAAUGAUUCCUUCUACUUAUAUUUUUAUGGCACUCUAUUCUUUAAUUAAUUUAAAUGUUAUCAAUUGGGGUACAAGAGAGGCUGUUGCUAAAGCUACUGGUUCCACUGCAACCGUUGAAGACCCCAUUGUUAAAAUUUGUAAGAAAUUUUCAAACAAAAUUGGUUUAAAUAAAAUUGGAAAAAUAUUCUAUAACUGUUUUACUAAAAAUAAUGAAGAAUAUAAAGAAAUUAAAAAAGCUAUUCAAAGUUUAGAAAACAAACUUGCUACUCCCAAUAAUGAUGAAAAUAUAAAAGGAAAUGAAAUGAAUGAUAAUAAUGAUAAUGAUGUAGUAGCAAAACCACCACUUAAAGAAAAGAUAAUUUAUCAAGAUUAUACAUGGAUGGAUAUAGAAACUUUGUGUGAAUGUAGUAAGGGAGAAUUAGGAGAAGCAGAAGAUACUUUUUGGCAUGAACUUAUAGAUGCAUAUUUAGCUCCUUUACAGACAACAAAAGAAGAAAAUCAAAAGGCUGCUGAAUGUUUAAUAGAUCUUAGAAAUAAAGUUGCUUUCACAAUUUUAAUUUUAAAUGCUUUAUUGGUUUUAGCAAUUUAUCUACUUCAAAAACAUAAAAAUAUUUUAUCAUUUGAAUUCCGACCUUUCAAUGGUUUUGAGUGGACAAAGAUGAAUGAAAUGACUGGACAAUUUGAAGCAACAACUGAUGCUUUAAAAAUUGAUCCAUUAGGAUUAUUCAUCAUUGUUUUCUUAAUGGGAAUAUUAGUUGUUCAAACUUGUGGGAUGAUCAUUCAUAGAUUUAAUACAUUAAUUGAAUCUUUAAGUGAAAUAGCUGAUGCAGAAAAUGAAUUUCUAUUUUCAACUACUAAUGUAAUUGAUCAUGAUGAAGUUAUUGAAAUAGCACAAAGUAUGCUUAAUACUGUUGACUAUGAAACUGCACAUGGAGCUAUUGGAUAUAGAAGACCUGGAAACAAUAUUAAAUUCUAA